AUGCACCCUCCCAACGCUCUGUGCCUCGCCACACGCCCUCUGCCGCUCUUUCUCACCUCGCCGCCCACGCGCCGCCGGGGAAGUUCGGGCUACCGCGGUGUCCGCGCGCAUCCUUCCGGCUCCUUCUGCGCCGAGAUCCGGUCCGGUGAGAUGCGCCUCGGCCUCAGCACAUUCAAUGCCGCCCAUGAGGCCGCCCGCGCGUACAACACGGCGGCGUGGCGCAUCCGACAGCCUCGUAGGAAGAUGAACUUCCCCGAGGUGGCGACGCGAGAGCGGGCGCAUGAGCUCGCGCCUCCCCCGCAGCUUGUCACCGACGAGGACCGUCGCGACAACCGGAGGCGGGGGCGCCGCCUCGGCAUUGCUGAGAUGGACGAGGAGGCCAUGGUGCUAUGGUGCCAACGCUUCCCGGAGGACAUCGUCAACGAGCGCGAAUUCUACGCGCAAAGGAGGGCGGAGCGAGCCGCCUAUCAUGAGGACAGGCAUACGGGGAAGGCCACUGGUAGAAAAGGGGGCUUUGGUCCAGGUCGGGUGAUUAUUGAAGGUUUCAGUGAAGAAAUUAUACAAGUGCAAGCAGAUAAGUUCAUCUUGAAUGAUGGCGCUUAA